CUGGAUAUGUCCUGCUCCCAGCAAGCGUGGGACGCUCGCAGGAAGAGCGCAAGACCAGACCCCGAGCACCGCCGCCGCCGCCGAAGGAGGCUCCAGUCUGUGUCUGGCGACCUGUAAAAACUUUAUCGCCCGGAUGUUUAAGCAGAAGGUCUCAUUGCAAACAAUCUGUCCCACUGGGGGACCGAUGUUCUGACUUUUCCCACCUAAUACUCACCAGAGUGAAUGGAUGGGUAGAAGAAAAUGGGUUCGUCCCCGCCUCUGCUCCAGCGAGAGAGUGACUCCCACAGCCCAAGACGCUGGCAUUCUUUGGGGGUUGCAGGGACACAUGGAAGCCACCUGCCCACGAGCCGAGGAUCGGCUAAGCCCUGGGACUAAUGCUUGCCCACGCUGCUGAGAAUGGCACGGUCGCCCAACCAGGCACCAGGACAAAGGUGAACCCAGGACACUCCUGGACAGCGAUCCUGAUGUCUGUGCUGAGCUGCGCACUGAAGGGUGUGAUAACAGCUGGCUCCCGUGGGCGCCAUGGCUUCCGUGGAGCCCCUGACGGCGCUGUCCCGCUGGUACCUGUACGCCAUCCACGGCUACUUCUGCGAGGUGAUGUUCACGGCGGCCUGGGAGUUCGUGGUGAACUUUAACUGGAAGUUCCCGGGGGUCACGAGCGUGUGGGCGCUCUUCAUCUACGGCACCUCCAUCCUGAUCGUGGAGCGCAUGUACCUGCGCCUGCGGGCCCGCUGCCCGCUGCUGGUGCGCUGCCUCAUCUACACGCUCUGGACCUACCUGUGGGAGUUCACCACCGGCUUCAUCCUGCGCCAGUUCAACGCCUGCCCCUGGGACUACUCCCAGUUUGACUUUGACUUCAUGGGCCUCAUCACCCUGGAGUACGCCGUGCCCUGGUUCUGCGGGGCCCUCAUCAUGGAGCAGUUCAUCAUCCGGAACACCCUCCGCCUGCGCUUCGACAAGGACGCUGAGCCGGGGGAGCCCGGAGGCCCCCUCGCCCUGGCCAACGGCCACAUCAAAACUGACUGAGUGGGGGACGCUUGGGGGAAGGGCUGGGGUCUCUCAUGGACCCUGUGGAGAAAAGUACGAAGCUGGUGGAGUUGCCCCUUCUGUACAGCACAAGCCCUGCCUCACCCUGGCCUCAGCCCUGCCGGGCCACACAGCCCCAGGUUCAGCCCUGCGGGGUGCACACAGCCCCAGCCCAGCCUCAGCCCUAUAGGGCGCAUACAACCCCAGCCCAGCCUCAGCCCUGCGGGGUGCACACAGCCCCAGCCCAGCCUCAGCCCUGUGGGCCCCACGCAGCCCCCAUCCCUCCACUGUGGGCUGGUGUUGGGGGCGGGCUGUCGAGGCAGCAAAGGGACUUGGGGGUUGGUCCGUGGAUCUCACCCCAGCUCAGAGGCUUCACAGGGACUAGACUGCGCGGGUGACUUUGGAAGCAGCAGGCCCUGCCCUGGCUACGGGACUCUGAGAAAUGGGCAAAAGGCGAGAGGCAGGUCUGAGGAGGCUUAGGGCUGCUGCCUCGGCCACCUGGUUCCUUCUCACCUGGUUUAGUUGGGCUUUGGCUGGUUCCGUUAGGCAAUAUUCAGGUGCUUGCUUGCAACCAAUACCUCCCCGGGGGCCUGCUGAGAGACUGGGCAGCCAGGAAGCUGCUUGGAGCCGUGCUAGUCUGCAGGGCUGGGAGGCCUUCCCUUGGCUCCUCUCCCUUCCCCCAGGGCCCCACGCUGCUCUCUUGGCCUCCUGGGGGCCCCCUGGUGCUGGAUUCCCACCAACCUUGGGCUUUUGGAGGUUUCAGUCCCUGUGCUUUUGGUGGCGUUUCCCCCCUUUCUCGCUUAUUUUUUAAGGCCUUUACCACUAUCAGCCCUUUAUCCAUGUCAGUCACCCACCAACCCCCAACUUCCACUCCCCGGCCAACACAGCAGCUGCCAGAGAUAGAACCCUGAGACACCCCACCGGCCCUCCGCAGCCCUUCCUCCACUGUUACCCCAAUCCGGUGGGCUGUGGCAGUGCCCUGGUGCUCUUCUCCAUCCAUGCCCCCUCUUCACAGUGGCCCAGCUAACAGUGAAUGACACCCACAACACACAGUCGGGCCAAGAUGGGCCCCACAGAUCCACAGUGGGGACCCAGAGACAAAUCAGUGUGUGUGGGGGGUGCCGUGGGGAGGGCGGUAAAGGCACGCCUGACGGUUCAUUUUCAGUCCAGUCAGGGGCGGUCUAGCAUUCUAGGGGAUGGGGGAGCAGGAUCCAGUGUUGCAGACUAUGGAGAAGGAGUGAGGAAGACCCUCCCAUCUGGUGGGAAGGGAUCAGUUCUGGAUCUGCCAUAGCCCCAGCCCUGCAGCAAAACCUCCUCAGGGCCACCCCUCCCCAGCAAGACUGACACUUCGAGCUUGUUCCUCAAACAGUAUUAACCCUGCCACGCUCAUGGGCGUUGUCACCUUGGGUGCCCAUGACAGGUCCGUUGCUGGCAGUGGACAGGUGAAAACCUCCCUCCAGCCCACUUCCGGCUCUGCCCCCACUUGCCAAGGGGAGGGUCCAUCAGAACACAGCCUUCCCCACGGUACGUGGUCUCUACUGACCACACUAGAACUCUUAGGUAGAAAUUAGCCUUCCCCUUUUUAUAGAGCAUUAAAAAGUGAUCAUGCCACCUCUGGAGAGAAUCUCCUCUUCCUUGCUGUGCUGCUCCACCCAGACCCUGCAGACAGCACCGGGUCAGGGCAGGCGGGCGGCUGUGGGCAGGAGUGGUGUCCAGGAUUGGGAGAAGGGCGGGGGAGACUCUGGCAGGGUUGCUCUCUGCACUUGACCUUGUCCAUGACAGGUUGAAGGGCGUUUUCCAGCCUCCGUGUCCUGGGUAGGCUCGUCACAUCCAGGCAUGAACUACAUUCUGCUGGGGCCAGCCCUGGCUUUGGUUUACCUGCGGCCCCAGUUCUAGGGCUUUGGGGCUCCUAGGGGCUUCAGGCUGCCAGUGGGGGUAGAUGGUGCUCUGUCUACAGCUGCAGGGGAUUCCAGAGGAAGAACAUUGCCUGGCUUCCCUGUUCCCUGGGGAAUCGUUUCCUUGGUCCUCCCCUCCAACUCCAUGCUAUGUCAGUCUCUUGGACCCCAACACCCUCACAGGCCCCCAUGUGGGCUCCUAGACCCUACCACCCACCUUCGCUCUCCCCUUCCACGAUGGCAUCUGGUGGUCAGCUUGUUGAUGUCUCCCAGCAUAAGGCCUCCACAGUUCUCGGCCUGCCAAGCCCUUGGAUGGCCCACUGGAUCUGGCCUUUCAAGGUGUUGCCCUGUGGACAUGCCUUGGCACCAUCUUUUCCCUGUGCAGGAGGUCCUGGAGCAAGCCUGCCUCCCUGGCAAUGUGCAGAGCAUUGUGUUUCUGCUUCAUGGGGUCCCCUGCAAAGGGAGGCAACGAGCCAGGGCUUGGCCACAGGAUCAGCAGGCUCGGUCAGAGCCCAGACCUCAACUCCUCUUUUAUUUGGUAUCUUCAGGGCCCCAAUUCCUUAGUGCCCAGGGCCUCAAGGUUUAGAGGAAUCCCAGCCCUGCUGAGCAGUGGGGGUGCUGGUGGAGAGAGUCAGCUUGCUGUGUCUGAACCGCUGGUGUCCUGGGUCUCUCCGCUGGACAUCGCAGCAUUUCUGAGUUACAGAUCGCCAUGUGCUGCCCCGCAUGGUUGGACCACUUCCGUGUCUGCUAGGUGUCCUGUCCCUCGUGCCCUGUUCCCUCGGAUGCCAGUGAGUCAUAAUGGCAUCGCAAUGGCCUAUGCUUAUUCUCAGCAAUAAUACCUAGGGAGUGGCCAUGAGUCCUUCUGUCCUGGUCCCUUGCCCUCUGCAUGGGUCUCCCGGAGAGGCAGCCGCUGAGUGGGUCAGUUCGUCAGAACCUGUAUCUAUGGAGCUCUGGGCUGUGCACACGUCUUCGCAGGGGAUGCAGGGGCCCAGCGCUGGAGGAGCUACGGAUAAGGCAGGGAGCUCACCUGCCACCCUGAGGCCACCCAGACCUGGAGGAGCUGCAGGUCCUGGCUCUGAGGCAGGUGGGACUGUCUCCCAACUGCGGCAGCUCCUCAGCAGGACACACGACUGGUUUGUGCGCCCAUUGCCUGCUCUGUCUCCGUUAGUCUCUCUGUCUUUCUUUUCACAUCCGUGCACAUAAAAUAUACUGGUGUUUGUGUUCCAGGA